AUGUUGAAGAAAAAACUCACAGAAGAGUUGAAUAAAAUAAGGAAAAUGAAAUUAAAGCAAAGUACCAUACAAUUUACUACUCAAAGAAACAAAGAAGAAAACCAAACAACCAUAACAGUAGAUAGUCAUGAAGAAAAUCAAACAAAGUCAGUAAAUAAAAUACAAAAACCACAAAUAUAUUUUAGUUCUGUUAAUGACGACAAAACCAUUUUACAAUGUGAAGCUGGAAAAAAUAUAAAUAUUUAUGUAAGAGAUUAUGUAGGAGAAACAAACCAAAAAAUUAUGUCAUUAAAAAGAGGUUUUUAUAAAAUAUCAUAUGGAACUGAACAAGAUGUGUUAGUAUUUGAACCAAAAUUUAGACAUGGACCAGCAAUAGAUAUUCAAUUAAAACCAAUUAAACGAAUUGGAAGUCAAAUAAAUCUUCUUAUAACAUUUAAUAAUUAUUGUUCAGAGAAAAAUGAUACUAUUGUUAUUUUUAAUCAACAAAAAGCAGUAAUUACAACACAUAGAAUCCCCCAAGAACAUGUUAAACAAUUUGUUAUGAACAUUAAUUUAUGUAACUUUAAUUAUGAAUAUGAAUUAAGACUUAUUCAAGGAGUCGAAGAAGGAUGGCUUAGAGGAUUCAUUGAUUAUGAGUCAUUAGUUUAUUCUUGCUCACAAAUCUUUUUUAUUGAUGAAAAAAAUUUUAAAGAAAUGGAUUUUGAAAAAUUUAAUUAA